AGCGCGUCGAAGCAUAUGAGUGUAUGACUCGCCCGCGAGUACUAACAAUGCUCAUGAGGUACGCGCCGCAGUCAAAUAAAAGCACACACUUUCGCAGCUGUGAAAAUCUGCAACAUGCAACGCAUUGCCAUCUUGUUCGCCGCCACUGCUCCGCACCGCGUUCGAUAGUUCUGUCGUUUCUCAUUGAUUUGGAGCGCAGUUUGUCGCGUGAAUCUGUCGCCGUUCCCUUGAUUGUUCGCUUAAUUAUCCUCAAAUGAUGCCCGUUCGGCCUUAUUUGAUUGUGUUAGAAUUGUAUGAUUGCGACGCAUAUAUUUGCGUCCUUCGCUACUGGUUAACGCUCCGAUUUAUGUAUGGUUCACCUGUUCACUCCUAUCGUUCCGUUUCCACCUAAAGUUCUGCAUAUA